AUUGCAACUAGCAAAAUGGUCAAGCUCAUAUUGUUAACAGUACUUGUCAUUGGAGCAACCAAUGCAAUGUUCUUCAUUCCUUCGAAGGUAUCCUGUGACGAUAAGAACGGAGGAGGCGAAACAAAUGGUGGCUGUGGAGCUGGAUGGCGUCGUCUCAACCGCCCAUCUGGUGGUUGGUGUAUCCGAGUAUUCGAAGGAGUACUUACUCAAGCGGACGCCGAAGCUAAAUGCAAAUCCCGUGGUGCAACACUCUCCGGACUGAAAAAUGCGGAAGAAGCACGUAUUAUAGCUGACAUGGCUUUACCUGUGCUCAACCGAGAUAGCGGAUCUGUAUGGAUCGGAGCUAGGCGAACUGAUGCCUGUAUGACUAAGAGCAUAACAUCCGACUGCACGGCUACCAACUCCUUCACCUGGACUGAUGGUUCAACUUCUGGAACCGCUGGAUUCGUGUGGGACUCUAGACAACCAGACAAUGAUUAUAAGAAACAACCAUGUGUGAUCCUUCUCUCCUCUAAAACUCCUGAAACUCCGGUGUCAGUGAAGAAUCGUCCAUGGCUACCCAGAAUGAUUGAUGACGUUGCAUGUAGUCUUGACCCGGCAGAAGGCAGUGCAAGAAUUGUGGCUGGUUACGUGUGUGGAAAGAAAAGUUCGCAAUAAUUGGUUUUGUCAAUGAAUAAAUGUUUAUUUGAAGUA